AGUGCUCCAGGAAGCUGAAAAGUUAUAGAAGGAAUGGAUUGUAAACAAGGAUUUUAAAAAUAUUUAAUAAAUUGAAAUGUAGAAAUUUCACAGCUGGGUCUCCAUCAUCUAGACUUAAAGAAAUUUGUAUGGCUGAAUGAAGAAAAGUAUCAGGCUGCCAGAUGAACUUGUUUAAGUUAUGAGGAACAUUUGCCUGUGGACUCUCCCGCUAAACAGACUUGCUGCUUUUUACUAUGUAUGGAUUUCUGCAGUGUAUUGUACUUCCUCACAAAAUUGUCAAAACCUAUGUACGAGUAACCUGGAAGGAGAACUUGCAAUUAAUAAUCUUUGCAAUGUUAGUGACAUCACUGGAGCAUGCACGGAGGGAUGUCGGUUUUGGAAUGCAGUGGUGCAAGACAACUGCCCACUGCAGUGUAACAAGACAUACACCAGAGAAUGUGAGAGAGUUUCCUGCAAGUUUGGCUGUAGCCGUGCAGAAGAAGCAUAUGGUGUUGAAGUACAGAAUUAUUUGCACAAGCCUGGAGCACCAUUUGCAUCUACCAUUGGAAGCCACAAUGUGACAUUAGGAUGGAAACCAGCUAACAUCUCUGGGGUGAAAUAUAUUAUCCAGUGGAAGUUCAGCCAGCUCCCUGGAGACUGGAGGUACACAGAGGUAGUAUCUGAAACUUCAUAUGCAGUCAAAGACCUUCAAGCCUUCACAGAAUAUGUGUUUCGAGUGGUUUGGAUCAUCACAUCUCAGCUGCAGCUCCAUUCUCCAUCAAGUCCCAGUUAUCGGACAAACGCUUUUGGAGCUCCUAGUACAGCUCCUGUCAUUAAAGAUAUUCAGAGUUCAAGUCCUAACACUGUUGAAGUUAGUUGGUCUCCACCACUUUUUCCCAAUGGAUUGAUUGUUGGAUAUAACUUGCUUCUGGCCAGUGAAAAUCAUGAACUGUUGAGAGCAUCAAGGGGGCACAGCUUUCAGUUCUACUCCACCUUUCCAAACAACACUUACAGGUUCAGUAUUGUAGCAGUGAAUGAGGCUGGUGCUGGACCGCCUGCAGAAGCCAAUAUCACAACUCCAGAAUCCAAAGCUAAGGAAAAAGCAAAAUGGCUCUUCCUAUCCAGAAACCAGUCUUUAAGGAAGAGAUAUAUGGAAUCUUUCUUGGAAGCAGCCCAGUGCCUGCAGAACGAUGUUAUACACCACGACAUUACAGGAAUUUCUGUGAAUGUUUAUCAACAAAUUGUCUAUUUUUCUGAGGGGAAUUCUAUCUGGAUGAAAGGUGCUGCAAAUAUGUCCAAAGUGUCUGACCUAACACUCUUUUAUGCUGGCUGGGGGAAUAUUACAUCAAUCUCAGUUGACUGGCUUUACCAGAAGAUAUACUUUGUCAUGAAUGAAAAGAUACAUGUCUGCCAUUUAGAGAACUGCACGGCAGCUGAAGACAUCACUCCCCUUUCAGUUACGUCCCCCAGGAAGGUUAUAGCUGAUCCCUACAAUGGGUAUAUUUUCUGUCUCCUGGAGGAUGGCAUAUACAGAGCAAAUCUUCCGCUCUUUCCUGAGGCUGCCUCUGCAGCUUUGCCAGUAGUGAAAUCUAGUGCUUUGAGAGACUUCGUGAUCAACUUCCAGACUAAGAGACUUAUUUUCUUCAACAAAACAGAACAGGCUUUUGUGUCAGGUUUUCUGGAUGGUUCAGAAUUUCACACAUUGCGAUCACACGUGCCACUUAGCAACACAGAGAGCUUUGUUUAUGAAGAUAACACAUUUACUGUCACAGAUGGCAGGGCAGUUUUCCAUGAGGAGGUCUCUCCAGUGGGAAGCUCUAGCUUCAAUGAGUACAUAGUGGAUUGCAGUUUGGCAUAUCCAGAGUACUUUGGCUUUGGCAACUUGCUUUUUUACGGGGCGUCAACUCAGCCUUUUCCUUUACCAACUCCUCCUCGGCUUGUCAUGGUGCUAUUUGGAUCGGACCAAGCUGUGAUCAGCUGGGGACCACCUGAACUCACUAUUGGGACGAGUCCGUCCGCUUGGCAGAACUGGACCUAUGAUGUGAAAGUAUCAUCUCAGUGCCCUUCUGACGAGGAACAAGUUGUUUCAAACAUUAGUGACACCAGGUUUACAGUGAAGGGGCUGGCCAGCUUCACAGCAUACGAAAUGUCAAUCAGAGCUGUGUCUCCUGCUGGCGAAGGGCCUUGGUCAGAGCUGUUUAGAGGCAUGACUUUAGAAGAAGCUGAAGAAGAACCAUAUAUAUUGGCGAUGGGGGCUGAAGGGCUCUGGAAGCAGCGGUUGGAUAGCUAUGGGCCAGGAGAAUUCCUCUAUCCUGAUAUAAGAAAUGUUUCAGACCUUGACUGGUAUAAUGAUACUCUGUAUUGGAGCAAUUCCAUGGGGGAAGUUCUGACCUGGUCAUUGAACAGGAGAGAGGGUACCACUGAGAAUACUUAUGUGUCUGACAUCAGAAAUGCAAGACAGUUGGCCUUUGACUGGUUGGGCCAAUGCUUGUAUUGGGCUGGCAAAGCAAAUACGAUCUUCAGAAAAUCACUGCUGGGAGGCCAUAUGGAUGUUGUGGCUCAUGUUGUGUUCCUAGUGAAGGAUCUAGUAGUGGAUUCAGUAAAUGGUUAUCUUUACUGGGCCACAAUGUACUCAGUGGAGAGCACAAGACUGAAUGGAGAGCAUUAUCUUAUGUUACAAGAACAGCUACAGUUUUCUGGUAAACAGGUGGUAGGUCUAACUUUGGAUCUCACCUAUGGUUUUCUUUACUGGCUUGUGCAAGAUAGUCUGUACCUAAACCUAUACAGAGUUUCUCUUUGCAAAGAAGGUUGUGGUAAUGCCAUAGUCACAAAAUUUGCAGCAUGGAGUACUUCAGAAAUAUCUCAGAGUGCUCUGGAAUACUACAGUGGACGGCUGUUCUGGAUUAAUAGUCUUCAGUUCAUUACAACACAAGAAGUCAAUCAGAGCAUUAGCAUUCCCUUUUCACAACCAGCAGAGUUUGCAGCCUUUACCCUCGUUCAUAAAUCACUCAAACCUUUGCCAGGAAAUUUUUCCUUUAUACCAAAGGUAAUUCCAGAUUCAGUGCCAGAGUCUUCCUUUAGGAUUAAAGGGAAUUCUUCAAGUUUUCACAUCUUUUGGAAUGCCUCCGCAAAUGUAGAAUGGGGAACUGUCUUCUACUGUGUGGGAUCAAAAGCUCUACAAGAGAGAUCUUUGGAGAGUGAACGGUGCCUCCAUCCCCAUAAUCUGACAGCGCCAUCCUACAGAGUUGAUUGGCUGGAACCAUUUGUACUCUUCAAUUUUACUGUCACUCCAUACACGUACUGGGGCAAGGGACCAACAACAUCUGCAGUCCUUCGAGCCCCUGAAGGAGUUCCUUCAGCCCCUCUAAACCCUAGAAUAUAUGUGUUACCUAAUAACCCACAUGAAGGCAAUGAGGAAGUCCAUGUGGAGUUCAGAUGGGAUAGGCCUGAAAGGGAAAAUGGAAUAUUAACAAAGUUCAAGAUUUACUAUCAGCUAUUGCAUCAGAGCGACACUACUGCCACUUUCCCAGUGUGGAACAUGAGCAACGUCGAACCCACCCUGAUGCUCUUUUCACUCAAGGAUGUGCUUCCCAGGCUCACAGUAAGGUUUCAGGUGAGAGCUUUCACCUCUGCAGGUCCAGGACCUUUAUCUGAUAUAGUAGAGAGGAAUUCAUCAGAUCUUUUCCCUAUUCCAACUCUUAUAACCAUUUCUGCCAACAAGUUGAUUCUUACUGACGUAGACAAUAAUCAUACCAUAUGGGAACUUUUGGCAAAGAAAAUUAUAAAGGACAUCUGCUAUACUGCUAAUGAUGACACAGUGUACUAUAUCCUAGAAGAUUCUCUUUUUCUUCUGAACAUACAGAGCACUUCAAGGUUUCAGUUUUUCAAAGAUGCAUUUCUUCACAAUGUCACAGCCAUCACAAUUGACUGGGUUGCAAGACAUCUCUUUGUUGCCCUGAGAACAUCAUGGAAUGAAACUCAAAUAUUUGUUAUUGAUCUUGAGCUCAAGAUAAAAUCUUUAAAAGCAUUGAGCAUAGAGCUGGGUAACAGGAAUUCAACUGUAUCAUCUCUGUUGGCCUAUCCUUUCUUAAGUCGUCUAUAUUGGAUGGAAGUCCUUGAUUAUGGCUGCCAGAUGUUUUAUUAUGAUAUUAUGAAUGACACUGUGCACCACGUACUGGGACAUGUACCGGCAGAAGAUCAGAUGAGGAACUACUGCAGCUGUAACGUGACAGAGGCAGAGCUGGGAAGACCUAUGAGUAUUGAUGUAUCUGACUCUGAGAAACCUCAGCUGCUCUUUAUCAGAGGAAGAGAUGAGAUAUGGGCCUCAGAUGUGGAUGGUUGCCACUGCUGGAGAAUUACCAGAAUACCAAGUUUUCAAGAUAUGAAAGUUGGCAGCCUGACUGUAGAUAAGGAAUUUAUAUAUUGGAGUGCGGAAACAAAGGAAUACACUGUAAUUCAUCGAGCAAAUAAAGAAAACAAAAGCCUCUAUUUUCAGAAGAGAGCAAAUCAUGAGUUGAAAAUCUUAGCCUACAGCACAGCAGUACAACCAUAUCCAGAUAAAAGAUGCCUGAGUCUAACACCAGACACUGAGGAGCUUACUAUCCUUAAUAUGACGAAUACCAGUUUUGUGUUAAGUUUGCCAUCUGUCUCACCACAGCAGCUAUGCCCUGGCAUAUCCCAGCCUACGCUGACGUAUCCGAUAUAUCUCAGAGAAGUGACUAACAACAGCAGGAGCUCAACCUACCGUUUGUCUGGCAUAUUGCAAAAAACAGUGUUACAGGAAUUUCAGGGGCCUACAGCUAUCAUAGACAACCUACAGCCAUUUUCAAGUUAUGCCAUACAAGUUACAGUGAAAAACUACUAUUCAGAUCCUUCUGAACAGCUGCAUGUAGGAAAAGAGAUAAUUGGCACAACUCUUUAUGGAGUACCAGAGACAGUCGGUUUCAUUCAGGCAGUGGUUUUGUCUGACACCACUAUCAACAUAUCUUGGACUGAACCUUCAAAGCCAAAUGGACCUCUAGAAUCCAUCCGCUAUCAAAUCACUGUCAAUUUAUUAACUCUUGUCCCAGCAACACCCUUGAGAAAAAGUGAAUUUCCAAAUGGAACACUUGCCUGGUCUGUCAACGGGCUCCAGCCUGGAACAAAGAAUAUAUUCAAGGUCCUUGCUUUUCACCCUGAUGAGAACUGGUUUUCUGAAAGUGCCCCUGUCUUUGCAACAACUUUUGAGACUCCACCUGCACCUGUCAACAUAGUGCCCAGAAAUACCAGCUUCCAGCUAAAAUGGCAAGCUCCUCUGCAUGUCAAUGCAACCAGCUUCUGGUUUGAUUUGCAUAAGUGGCAAACAAAAAGUGACUGGUUUUCUCCUGCAAGCACUACUUGCACAGCAGGGCCUGUUUAUACGUGUAAUCUCACAGGAACUCUUCCUUCUACCAACUACUUUGUAAGAGCAACAGUAGUUUAUGUGACAGGAGUGAAAAGCACUUCCUCUUCAACAAGCUUUAAAACUACAGCUGGUGUUCCCAGUAAGCCAGGAGUUCCAAAACGAGCACAAGACACUAAAAGCUCUGUACAGUGGGAAAAAGCUGAAGACAAUGGCAGCAAUCUGACCUACUACAUCUUAGAAAGCAGGAAGCAGUCUGACAACACUAGCAAAAUGAAGUCCUUGUGGAAGGUGGUUUACAAUGGCUCCUGCGCCAGCAUUUGCACAUGGAAGGCCGAGAACUUAGAAGGAACUUUCCAGUUCAGAGUGGCAGCUGCAAAUGUGCUGGGACUUGGUGAAUACAGCGACACCAGUGAGGCUAUCAUUUUGGGUGAAGAUACUAUGACCUCUCCAGACACCAUCAUUGCUGUUGCUGUUACAAUUGGAGCUGUUGUGCUAGGCUUGACUGUGGUCAUACUGCUUGUUUUUGUAUGGCACCAACGAUGGAAAUCCAGAAAACCAGUCUCGCCUGGACAGAUAGUACUUGUCAAGGAAGAUAAAGAGUUAGCUCAGCUCAGGGAGGUGGCUGAGACAGUGGGACUAGCCAAUGCCUGCUAUGCUGUCAGCAUUCUUCCUUCUCCAGCAGAGAUUGAAUUGCUGCCAGCUUUCCCUCGGGACAAACUAAACUUACACAAAUUGCUGGGAAGUGGAGCAUUUGGAGAGGUAUAUGAAGGGACUGCAGUAGAUAUCCUGGCAGAUGGAAGUGGAGAAUCCAAAGUAGCCAUCAAGACUUUGAAGAAAGGUGCAACAGACCACGAGAAGAGUGAAUUCCUGAAGGAAGCACACUUAAUGAGUAAAUUUGAUCACCCCCACAUUCUGAAGUUACUUGGAGUGUGUCUGUUAAAUGAACCUCAGUACCUUAUACUGGAGCUGAUGGAAGGAGGGGAUCUACUUAACUAUUUACGAGGAGCCAGGAAGCAAAAGCUCCAGACCACCUUACUGACAGUGACUGAUCUCUUGGAUAUAUGCUUGGAUAUUUGCAAAGGCUGUGUCUAUUUAGAGAAAAUGCAUUUCAUACACAGGGACUUGGCUGCUCGCAACUGCCUUGUAUCUGUGAAGGAAUAUGAGAGCUGCUCCCGAGUAGUAAAGAUUGGGGAUUUUGGGCUUGCCAGAGAUAUCUACAAAAAUGAUUAUUACAGAAAAAGAGGAGAAGGACUACUGCCUGUGAGAUGGAUGGCCCCUGAAAGCCUCAUUGAUGGUGUCUUUACCAAUCGCUCUGAUGUCUGGGCGUUUGGAAUCUUAAUAUGGGAAACACUAACCUUGGGUCAACAGCCAUAUCCAGGUUUUUCCAAUAUAGAUGUUUUACACCAUGUACAAUCAGGAGGAAGGCUGGAAUCUCCAAAUAAUUGUCCUGAUGACUUAUGUAACUCCUACAAAAGCCAAUAAGAAAACUUCAAGCAGAACAACAAAAGGGAAGUCUGCACUUCUGAUUAGUCUUUAAUUGAACUGGAUAAACAAAGAUUUCAAUUUCCAACUGUUUCUUGAGCACAAAAUUCGAUGCAAUUAAAAGAUAAAAAAUAUUGAUAGAUAGUGUAUCAAACACAUACUAUCCAGAAGUGUGUGAGGGAAGAAGUUGAAUCAGAUCCUGAUGAUCAUUCAGUAUUAUCUAAUUUUAUGUCUCAGUUCCUGUAUCACCCACUCUGCAUAAGCAGUAAGAGCAAUGCACUUGACAGCUGAUCCUACGAAUGGGAGAAGCUAGUUAAAGUGUAAAACUCUAACUCUUGUGACUCAGGAAAUGAUUUAGGAAUAAUUCUGUGAUUGGCAAACCUGACCUCUCUGGUAGGUCUCACAUCAAUUACAAUGUUCCAAGUUCCAGAGCUGGUGAGAAUUUAUCAUUAUGUAGCAAUAGCAGAAAUACUAUAUUAACAACAAGAACAAAACUUUUAUCACUCAGAGGAGCUGAAGAACUGAAGACAUUAGGAUUUUGCAUUCAGAGCAGAGGGAGAACUGGAAAUGACAGAGCAAAUGAGAGGCAAUUUCAGUUUCAGUAUUUUUUGCUGAGAAAUUUUUCCUCAAAAAAUUCCUGACAGCUGUCUCAUGAAUAAAAAGUAUAGGUGAUAAAGCAUAUCCAUGUACUUGUUAUUCAAGCCCACACAGAGACCCAUAAGCUGCCUUUAAAAGGAGCGGUCAGAUCUUCAAAAGAAUCAUGAAAACUAUGUUUGAUUGAAGUAGUUCUUAAGGUCCCAUUCCCUAAAAAUUAGCAUAGGAGGUAGGACCUGGUAGGUCUUAAAGACUGGUCUGCAUGUUGUAACUUGUAGGAUUCAGGGCCUAAUCACAGUAACCCCGUCUUUGAAAGCCAAGGGGUUGAAUGAGCUCUUAGACUCUUGUACCAUCUUUUAUCUCAUUUGGUGAACACUCAGCACCUGCAUGCAGCUUCUGUCAGUAGCGUAAAUAGCUUUUUGCUACUUUGUUUGGUCAUUAAUGGCAUGCCAGGAUUCUUGACAUUCCUGCUUCCCGCCCUGUGGUUUUGAACCUGCAUCAGGACAUCAGCAGUCAGUAAUUGUCUCCUUGGCACUUUGGCUUGCUCAUUGUCAUUUGACAAAAUAAACCAUCACUGAUAGGAAGAGAGUUCAAAGGCCAAACUACUUCAGCUGAGAAGUGUUUAGGAAUCUGUGGUAGGCUUACGUUGCAAGGGCAAGUAGAGCUGACAGAAACCUUGGGACAUAAGAAAGCAUUAAGGAAGUGGGGGGGGGGGAGAAGGGGAAGAAGUUCUUCCUCUCUUCUCCCCAAAAUGCUGCACCAUGGACAUAAUCAUCUACUUCCAUGCAGAGGAGUGUGGAGUGGGUGAAAUUUGGUAAUAAAUUGUAAAACGGGCUUCCGGAUCCACAAACAAGCUAACAUUUAUUGAAAUAUGAAUUAGGUGUAUGAAUGGCACUUGUUUUGUAGUCAAAGACCCACAUCUGGCACAAGUGAACCGAGCUUACCUCAUAUAUACCCUGAAAGCUGUGGACUGUAG